AUGUGGCGAUUAGGGCGGCGGCAUCAGGGCGGCACGCGACACCAGGAAGCGCUUAGUGGCGGCUUUAAAAGCGGCGCGCGGGUGGCGCGGCCAGCCACCAUGCCGGCGGACACAGCGUGCAGGGCGGUGGCGCUAGGCGCGACCGUGGCGCUCCUGGUGGCGGUCGUGGCCGUCGUGUCGGGCCAGGGCGGGCCGCCCGGGGGCGGCGGGCCGCCGUCGCAGCCCGACCCCGACGACGCGCCCAGCAACAAGCGUGAUUUCUACUUUGUCAUCAAUGAAGUUAUUACGAACGCGAGCUCAAAGUUUUUCAACAUCAUCGAUAUCAACGUGGAGAAAUGGAGCAACGAAUGUUCGUACGUGGACGGUAUGGUCGAAAUCUUGGAGGACGUGCCUGAAGACACAAUAAUCCAGAUAAACUCAGAGAACAUGCAGGGAAGCACUUGGAGUGCACUUGCGCCCACAGGUCCAAUGCCUCUCUGCAGCUACAUGGUGGAGCAGAAAGACAAGAUGGAAAUGUUGUGGAGAGCCAGCAAUCUCACUCGACAGUGUCCCAUUCUCAAGAAUGGCAUGUUCCUUAAUAAAUUUACUGUACUGGAAACAGUAUUUCCACUAAAACUCACGGGAGAUGACUGGAGAGUAGUCAUCAUGCUUGUACAUCAAGGUGAGGAAAUACUUAAUGUGAAAGUUGCUGUAUCGAAGCUUCCAAUAGAAAAAAGAGACAAAUGUGAUGAAGAACAGGAAGACGAUGAGGAAGAUGAAGAUGCUGAAUAGCAGUAUAAAAGCACAGUAGCGUAGUUACCUCCAGUAACGGACAUUUUCUGAUAAAUAAACAGCCUCUGUGGAAAGUGUG